UGCUGUUACCUUUCAGACGGAGCGGAGAGAAGGCGUUGUCACAUGGUACGUGGCACUGUUUUCAGCGCUAGGCAGAAUGGGCCAAUGGCAGUCGUUUUUGAUGACUACGUAACUAUUUUAAAUAUUUUCUUUGAAAUUGGCGUCACAUUUUUGUGACAGAAAAUGUAAGUGUUAACUCCAAAUAUAGAUAAAUGAACAAGGAUUUGCAAGAAAUAUAAUAAUUAAAUAUUGAGCGUGGGGAAAUUUCAAUCAACAGACUUUUUUUUGUUUUUGUUUUUUUUGCACGCGGAAACACACGAGCUUCUGUCCAGCAGCGUUAGCAUUAUACUCACUUUUUACAAUUGUAACACAACAUCUAGUCAUCCCCUGUUUGACUGCUUUAUUUACCAUUUAUACAAACAAAAGGUCGUGCUUGGCGAGUAUAAAUUGGCGUUUUGGAUUUAAGUCACUAAAGUAAACCUUAGACGGACAGGUUAGCAUCUAACUUGCAGCCCGAGCUAACAGCUAAAUAGCUCAGUAUGCUAAAAACAACGCAAAGUUUUUACAUUUUUAUUUCCACAUCUUAUUAUCAGUUAUUGUUGUAAGGCUGUUUAUGUUUCCCUUUUCUGAAAGACCAUAUUUCAUACUGUUACUCAGCCGAGCUGGAGUAACGUUAACCGAUUAGAUUUCUGCUUUAAAUGUAAAUGUUUGUGUUGAAAUGGAUAUCUUGAUUAAUCAUUUCAUCAACAACAAAAUGAACGAUAACAUCAGCAGACUGCAGUGUAAUAGAUAUGAGGAUGAUUCUGGAGCCUCUAGGGUUCCUGUGCUUAACUCAGGGUGUACACCCUUGAGCCCGACCAAGAGAAAACACCAUGAAAACCCUCUGAAUCAUCAAAAAGACUCUGAUGAAGAACAGAUGAAUAAAAUGAGAUGCUUAUUAGGAUCACAUCUGAGAAAUUCAAAUGGAGACACUGAAAACCAGGAGUUAUGGAAUUAUAGUUAUAGUUACACAUCUCUGAGUGGUCUUCAUAACCAUCAUGUAUUUGCACCUUUCCCAACUUUUGCGGUGGAUCAGCCCCUUGAGAUGACUAAACAAAGCUUGGAUCCUACUAGGAGCAUGCUUCUUACUCCUGGAUCCAGCACAAGUCGCCAGCAGAAUCGUCCAUCGGUAAUUACCUGUGCCCCUGCCAGCAACCGCCCUUGCAGUCUCUCCAGUUGCCACAUGUCCCCAAAUAGCUGCACAUUUGGAUCCUCCAACAAGACCAAAGCAAACACUGUGUGUGACCCCGUGAUUGAAGAGCAUUUCCGCCGCAGUCUGGGGAAGGUCUAUAAGGAGCCUGUGCCUGUCUCUAACUCCGUGUGCAUCACAGGCUCAGUCGAUGACCACUUCACUAAAGCACUGGGGGACGCCUGGUUACAGAUCAAAGGCAAUGGCGGUACAACACCAAAUCAUGAGACUCAAUGAUAAACUAAACCAAAAACAUAAACCCUGUGAGGUUAGCUCACCACAUAAGUGUACUUAAGACCAGACCCUCCAAGACCCAGACCAAAACUAGAUCAAGAUUGCAGUAUACAUUCACAAUUCGGAACAGCAUACUGUCCUUACAAUUUCUGUCAUAUCUUUUCAUGGCAAAAAGAGUAAGUGAAGUAUGCUGUUGUAGUAUAAUGUACAUUGUUUUGAAUUCAGAUAUGGCUGCUUAAGGGAUGCAUGACCAGGUGUGGGUGAUAUGACCAAAACUGGGAGAAUAUUUUGAGUUAAAUAUUUUAUUUUAUUUCAGGAUAAAUUAUAUAUCACAAUAUACGUCAAGCAACAGCUGAUGAUAAGUAAACAGUAAUAAAAAAGGACAAAGAAACAAAACCCAAACAAAUAAAAUAAACACUGUUUUAAGUUUCUCUGGUGGGUCUAGCUAACAAUAGUGUUAAAGAAAUACUACAAAAAUUUUAUAAAAUAAUAUGUUCAAAACUGCAUAGUCUUCACUGUAUGAGUUAAAUAUUGAUUAAUUAUUAAUUCUACAAAAGUUACUCUAAAGUUCACUAACACUAAAGACCUGUAUUUUGACAUAAUUUUGUAUGUAUUUGACCAGUUAGAUAUGCUCCUGAAUUAAGUAUACAUAUGUUGCUUUUCCAUAUUUCACUCCAUCUUGGGGUGCACGCUCCAAAAAAAAUUCUGUUGGACAUUGUUAGUACUAAAUUGAGCUUUUCACAGCUUACUGAUAAAUAACUAUUUUUCAAGAACAUCAUGCUAUUUAUAUUACUCAUAUAAAGUACCGUUAAAAAGAUCUUUAAUGUUUUUUAAAGUUUAUUUUGCUCAUCAAGGCUGCAUUUAUUUGAUAAAAAAUAUUAUAUAUAAUACAGGGCUUAAAGUUAUCCAGCACCAUGCCGGAUCUCCGGUGUGCGGUGUUUGGCUGCGAAAAAAAAAAAGUCAUCCUACAUUUAAAAACACUUAAACGCGAUAUCACAUUCGAGUUCAUGAGUUUGCCUACCAAUGUAUGAGAGGAACACAGCUUUCACUCUCAACCAAACUAACAUCACUAGCCAAUCAGAAGUUUUUGCUCUUAUAAACAAGAGCAUUAGCUGAUGAAUGGGAAAAAAAGCCUGGGUCUCGAGGGCAACACAUUGAAAAAGCUGCCAGUCGCAAUGGUCAAAGAAUUCCAUCUAGUGUCGUAUUUACAUAGAAAAGCUAUUAAAUAAGCAGCGAAGCUUUGUAAACACAUGAUCUCUUAAGGGUUAUUCACCAGUAAAGACUGUAUGUGUGAAAGGGGCUAAACUCUUCCUCUGCAUAUGCGGUGAGUUUGGGUUGCUUAAUUAACCUUAAUCUGGGAAAACUCACUUGAUUUGUAAUGUAAAUCAUUUAAAUGGCAACACAGGAGAAUACAUCCAACAUUUUUCUAAAUAUGCGAUUUAUUGUACAUUGCGAUUUCAAAAUAAAAGUUUCUGAAUUUACAUGUGGCCAAAUAUUAAAAUGAAUUAACCGUUGUUGAAUCGCAUGAAAUAUCACAAGGCCGUUGGCGCCCUCUGCAGGUAUUUGUUAUAAUAUAGGCAUAUUUUAUUGCGUAUUUAAUGGUGUUGUUCAAUAAAACCAUGUACUUGGUUUUGAUACUUUAUUUGAGGCCAAUUAUUAUUGCCUCGUCGUUACUUUAUUUAUAAAUUUAGUUAUAUUAAAGCCUGUUUUUCCCCUUAGUUCUAUUUAUAUUACUUAAAAAUAUCAGAUUACUCACUUGUCUAAAUAAUCAGAUUACUCGAUUAGCAAAAAAAUCAUUAGUUAAGCAUUAGAUUAGUUAAAACGUUUCAAAAUACAACUGCAUUGUUUUACUUUUUGUGAUUAAAAGACAAAUAUUUUGUCAUUUGAUAAUUUCUUAAAGUAUUAAAACAUUGUCUUGUUCUAGUGAACCAAGUAUCUGCAUUUUGUCUCACCUUGUGAGCUUGUGAGGCAAUUUUAUUUGUACCAUUUUGUUUUAUUGGUUUAUUUAAUAGAAUUUGAAAGAUAAUAACAGUAUUGAUUAAUAAGUGAGAUCUGAUUUUAGUCCUUGAAAACCAAAAAAGUAGUGCCAGUCCUUGUAAGUCCUGGAAUUUUAUUUUGCAGUAUUUGUACAUAACCUGUUUAAGUUACCACUUCUUGGACCAUUUUAAUGGUUUUGUUGUUGUUUGAACUGAACUGUAGUCUUUGUAUGUUUCCUAUUUUAUAUUAAUUUCGUAGUAUUUAAUUUACCAUUAUUUCUUUUGAACCAAAAUAAUUCAGAAAUGUCAGGUUUUAGAUUGUAGGUCAUCUUGUACCCUGUCAAGGACAAAGCUAACCAGCAAAACUUGAUAUCAAAAGCAUCCUAAAUUUUACAUGUGUUUGCACCAUAUUGUAGUGAGUAACCUUUCUUGGUAUUGCUGUUUCAAAUAUCUCACCAUUAUCUGUAGUCUGAGUCUGUCAAGGGUUAAUGGCAAUGGCAGAUACGUUACUAGUUAGUUUCGAGGAAAAUCUAUUUCUCUUUUUGUUUGCCAAAUAACCCUGUGUAUGUGUCUGUUAAUAUAAUUUUAAUAAUUUUAAUACCCUGAUAAUAUAAUAAUGGUUUUCUAUUUUAAUAUGCUUUAAAAUAUUAUUUAUUCCUGU